AUGUCUACCCGCAAGAGAAAGGCGGAUCCUGAGGAGGAGCUCCAGGCUCUCCCUAGCGAUGAGAGCGAGGAGGAAGAGGAGUAUGAAGACUCCGAGCCCGAUCUUUCGGACGUGAGUGACGAGGGCGAGGAGGAGGAAGGUGGGGAAUACGACGAAAGCGAGGAAGAAGAGGGAGAGGAAGAGGGCGAAGGAGAAGGUCCUCCCGCCCACAAGAAGCAGAAGACUGAGCGCACCAAUGGCAAAAAGGACGAGGAGGAAGAGGAGGAGGAGGAGGAGGAGGAGGAGGAGGAGGAGGAAGAAGAAGAGCCCGCCGAGGAUGAAGGCGAGGACGAGGAUGCAGACGAUACUGCGGAGACUAGUGGUCCUGCUGCGGCUGCUGCGAAGGCUAAGGGUGGUGUUGUUCCGAAGGAAUCUGAUCUUCCCGAGGUUGAUGCUGCUGAGUAG